AUGUCAACAAGUAAUCAACCAUAUAUAACUUCAAUAUUAGAAGAAGAAAUAAAUGAAAUAAAUAAUUUAUUAACAUCAAUUCCAUUUACAUCAGAAGUAAACAAUUAUUUUUUAAAUUUAUAUAAAUUAUCAUAUAAAGAUUUAUCAAAAUUAAAUGAAUUAAAUAAUCAACAUAAAUUUCCAAUAAAUUCUCAAAAAUUAUUAAAAUUAAGUAUAUCAUUAGGUAAUUUAAUUAAAAUUUUUGAAAAUGAUGAAGAAAAUUUCAAGAUUCAAAAUCAUCAACAAAAUUCAUUUUUAAAAAAAUUAAAUAAUAGUAAUGGUGGUGGUGGUAAUGGUAAUGGUAAAUUAAAUCAACCUUUACAACCUCUGCAAUUACAACCACUGCAAUUUCCUUCAAAAGAUCCUUUUCAAACUACAAAUAUCCCUACUCCUAAUAUCAAACAUAUAAUUAAUUCAGAUUCUACUCAACAACAACAAGAAACAAACAACCUAACAAAAUAUGAAAUUAGAUUUAUAAAAAAUUUAUUUACAAUAUUAAAGAAUUUUGAUUUAAAUUUACCACAACCACCACCUCAACAACAAAGUAGUGUAUCAGAUUUUAAAAGAGAUAGUUAUACAUCAUUAAAUUCAUCUUCUUUAUCAAAUCCUCAAACUCCAAAACGAAAUAAUAAUUCAUCAACUUCUUUACCAACUUCAAAUACAUCACCUAUAAAAUUAAAUUCAAAACAAUUAUUAAUUGAAAAAUUAGAAAUAAAUAUAAAUUUAGAUAUCUUAUUCAUAUAUAAAAUAAAUUUAAAAUUAAUAUUAGAAAUAUUAAAUAAGCUACUUAACAUCAUAAAAGAUAUCAAGAUAGAUUCUUCUAAUCAACCACAACAACAUCAACAAUUAAAAGAUAACAUGUCCAUAUUUUCAAUAAAUUCAAUAAAUUCAAAUGAUUCAUCAUCAAUUUUAAAUUUUAAAAUUGAUGAAAAUUUAAAAAUUAUUGAAAAUAUAGUGGUUAGAAUUAAAUUUAAUAUUUUAAAACCUUUUAUUCAAUUAAUUUUUAAAGAAUGUAUUGAAUCUAAUUUAAAUAAUGAAUUUAAUUCUUUAAUUAAUAGUUUAUAA